UCAUUCCAGCGAUCACUCUGGCCCUCCUGCCGUCGCGUCCUUCCCACGGCAGAAGGAUGGCCCUCCUCCGCUCCCCGCCCGUCGUCGCCGAGGCCUCCGCCGACCUCUCCGCGCCCGAGCUUGCCGCGCUCCAGGCGAAGGAGGUCCUCCAGAGCUACAACCAGACGAUCGAGGGCUUCCCGCAGCCGCUGCCGGCUCCCGCGCCUCUCCGUGCGCUCCUGCCCGCCGCGUCGGGCCUGGGCGCGGGGCUGGUCGUCCUGCGCCAGAUCGGCGUGGCCACGCGCCGCGAGCGCGAGGAGCGCGAGGCGCGUGAGAGAGCCGAGGCGGCCGCGCGGAUGGUGGCGAGCAGGAAGAAUGCGGCGACGAUUGGUGUGGUGCCUGUCGCCGUGGCUGCCGCGACCAUUUUCCUCGGCACCAUCAUCGCGCCGCCGGAGGGCGGCGCGCCGACCAGCGCAACGCUCGUGCAGCAGAGUUCGAAGCGCGUGUUUGAGGCGGAGGCGCGGUCCCGCCAGGCGGCGGCGGCAAAGGCGGCGGCGGAGGCCUCGGCGGCGAAGGCGGCGGCGGCGGCGGUGGAGGAGGAGAAGGCCGCGGCCCAGAAGGCGCUCGCGGCCGCCACCGCAAAGGCGGAGACGCUCGAGAAGGCAGUCGAGGCCGAGAAGGCCGCCAAGGAGGACGUCGCCGCCUCGGUCGCGAUGCCAGACAUCCUCCCGCCGCCGCCGCCGCAGCAGCAGCAGCAGCAGUCGCCGCCGCCGCCGCCCGUGCCCGCAUCGGCGCUCGCGUCCGCGCCCGCGUCCGGCAUGCCUGCUCCGGCUCUCGCCGCCGGCGCGGCGGUCGCCGUGGGCGCUGCGGUCGCGGCGGCGGGCGGCGGCGAGGGCGAGGAGAGCGCCGCGUCGGGCGAGAAGCCGGCAGAGGCGGGCAAGGAGGUGGUGUGGCCCGUCGAGGGCAAGGUGACGUCGUGGUACGAUGCGGGCAAGCGGCUGUAGAGCGACUCCUCUGGGAGCGUCUCGUGGCGGCGGCGGCGGCCAGCUGCGUGAGGCGCCGACCGCCGACACCAGCGCUCGACCGUCCCCCUUGCAGCAAAUUCCCCAUGCCGUGGUAGCAGCACGAGUGUACACCGCUUUGUGGGCCCUUCGGGUCUCUCACCUAGUAUCUUGCGUCGGCGUUGUGCCGCUGCUCUCGCCGGUCCCGCAGUCACCGCCGGUCACUGCAGUCCGCGCGAGCAGCCAGCAAACGCCUUCUCAGCGCGCGUGAUCCUCUGCGCGUGGUUUGUGUGGUGUGAAAGAAUAUCGUACGCAA